AUGUCAGUCAGUACCUCGGUUGGUCCGUCCACAAGUACAUCAGUCAGCAUGUCACCUAGUAACUCAACCAGUGAUCCACCUAGUACGUCAGUCAGUACCUCGGUUGGCCCAUCGACAAGUACAUCGGUCAUACUCUCGCCCAGUUCCUCAACCAAUGUCUCAGCUAGUACUUCACCAGUCACACCAGGUGGGUUGUUUUUGAUGGCUCUCAAAAUUGUGUAUAGUAUUAAGGUGGCUCCCUCAAUACAUUAAUACAGGCGCAUUUAGCUGUGACGAAGUUUUCAUCAUAACUUUUUCGUUUUUAACGCGAUGGCUGAGAAACUUUGCGAAGAACAACAGAUAUCAUUCGGCAAUGAUACGAAAUAUUCCGAUUUCAUUGAUGAUAAAUAUAUUUUGCUAAAUUAGCGCUUAAAAGGACCCUACCGUUCAAAGAAAAUCGAGUCUAGUAAAAAAUUUGCUGAUAUUUUUUACUCAAAUUUCUGGUAUCGGCUUUAAUCGGCUUUUAUUACAAAGAUAGACUUCCGAUUCCAACACAGUCACUUGAACGAGCGCUCAGACUCAUUUUAGCAGAAAACACAUUCCAAUUUAAUGGCAAAAAUUAUCUUCAAACACAUGGGACAGCGAUGGGAACAAUAGUCGCUGUUGCUUUCGCAGAUAUCUUCAUGGCAACAGUAGGAACAGAGCUAUUAAACAAAAGUGCAAUAAAGCCAAUACGUUGGAAAAUAUAUAUGGACGACAUCUUCUCUCUCUGCGUUACCGAAAUCCCGGGGGGGGUACUCUCUUAUAUGGGCUAUAUAGGUAUGUGCGGCUCCAAAUGGUAUGGCUUUUUAGCCGUUUUGGUCUGAAAUAAGGUAUCAAUUUUGACCAUUUUGGUCUGAAAUAGUGGUUUGUGCGGUCUAGUCUUGAAUUGGGUAUGUUUUUUUAGAAGAAGCUACUUCUUCGUCAUUAGGCAAUAAGACCAUUUCCCUUUUAAUUUUUACGCUGACCGUGUACGUGCCGUAACUGUACAGUUUUGUAUCCUGCUAAGUAAAAGUGUAUAAACAUUUCCGUUAACAUUGGUCUGACCUAGGGAACUGAUUAUAAGGAAGGUCUGAAACAGGGUAUCAAAUUUUUGAUCAGGUCUGAAAUAGGGUAGGGAAAAUCACAGAUUUUGGUCUAAAAUAGUUGAAGGGUUUUAGGAAGUGUGCCGCUCACUCCCACCCAAUUUUUCUCGAAGUGCCCCCCCGGACCGGAAAAGAACAAAUAACACACUUCAUUGAACAAGCGAAUAAUCAUCACGCUACUGUUAAAUUCACUGCAGAAAUCGCUGAGAACGAAGUCACAUUUCUGGAUACAAUUGUGUACGAAGGAAAAUGGUUUAACAGUACGUCAGUUCUCGACGUAAGAACACAUUUUAAGCCAACUGAAACAUUUUCAAUAUACACAUUUCUCAUCUUGCCACCCAUUAGGAAGGGGUCAGGAAAGGCUUUGUAAAAGGCGAAGCCCUCCGGCUACACAGAACAAAUUCCUCAAAAGAAAACUUUCAAAAAUGACUUGAAGAAUUUCAAAAGCACCUUAGAGAGAAGGGAUAUCCACAGAAUUAAAUAACUCCAACUUUCUCUGAAAUACACUUUUAAAACGGGAAAGAGGCACUCCAACAAAAACCUUCAAGAGAAAAAACCAUUUUGCCCUUUGUCACGCACUAUCAACCAUCAGUUCCUAGUCUUAAAAACAUUCUUAUGAAACACUGGCGACUGAUAGCGAACCAAACAAUUCUUAGACAGAUCUACGAAGAACCUCCAAAAAUUGACGAGGAAGGUCGCUGAAGGAUAUGCUAGUAAAGCUAAACUCUGAGAAUUAAAAGCUGUAAACACAGGGGUGGAAGGCGUGAGUCAGGCUUGUCAACCCCUUAUGAUAUUGCGGUACCUUUUCCUAGCAUUUAAGGGUAUUAAACUAACAAAUGAAAGAAAGUAUGUGUUACUGUUCACUGAAUCACAGUCUUUAUCGCUAAUACCAGUUAAUUUGUUUUUCAGAAUCAUUAUUAACUCUUGGCCCCACCCAUAAAACGAGAUUAUGGUGCCUUUCAGGGGAGCACCUCCGUCAUUAUUUUUCCGUAGCGGAGUAGCCCCUAGCGUAAUACAGCAGACACUUAUGAUCAUGUUUAUGUGCUUGUUUGUUUCUUUAAGGUAGAACUGUGGUAUACGAGCCCAAAGAUGGGGAAUGCCAAAGAGUGUGCUGCGAUGGGGCUGGAGGCCCUAUUAAACUCAUGGGGACCUGCAGUCCGCCUAGCGAAUGUCAAGGAUUUUUGUCCGAAAAAGAAGAGGAAGGGUACUGCCCUGGUGAAGUGAAAGGCACUUGUCAAUGUAACAAAGGUGACCGUCUUACACAAAGCAUGUAUUUGACACCAUUUGCUGCUGUUUUUUGACUAUGGUUUUAGAAUAACCUUGGCUAUCCCAAAUGGAUACAUUUAUGAAGAAGUGCAUUCUCUAUUUUCCAAUUGCCCAUAAUACACUCUGUUUGCCCCCCAAAAUCUGCAUAAACCAUUGUUUUUAAAUGCUCCUGGGAGUAUUGCAUUUUCCCAAGAGCAUUUUAAGACAAUAAGUUAUGCAAAAUUUGGGGGGCAAACAGAGUGUAUUAUGGGCAAUUGGAAAAUAGUCAAUGAGUUUAUUUUGUAGUGGGGCGUUGACUUUUCUCUCUUUUUAGCAGUAGGGUGACAACCUUUUUAAGCAACUGAAUCAAGGCUAAAAAUAUUAUAAAAUUUAAAGUUUAAGGAAGAGAAGAACUUUAACUAUAAUUUCAGGCGCGUGUAUUUGCGAAAGCUACGUUAAAGAACAAACCGUACUUACGUUUAACUAAAAGACUUUUAUAAUGACCCUUAAAACAACCACAAAUAUAAACAAAUAAAUGUGUGAGCACACCAUAAUGCGUCCUUUUAAACCACCGAGAAGUUACACUUUCAACGCGGUUAAGUUGCGCAGAUUAAUCAUUUUAAAAGAUUUGGUUUGGCAGUUUAACGGCGGGAGAGGUCCUCGUUAAAAACUUUUCUUCGUUUUAUUCUGUGGUGCCUCUUCUCUUCUUCUAAGCGUUUGCGACUGGUAACCAGCCCUUUUAAUUUGGAGUAUACUUAUCCUCACCGACGUUGCUAAGUAACAGCCUUACCUACCCGAUCUUAGCCUGCGAAUAGUCUCUUCAUUUCAAGUAGUGGUGAUGGGUGAAGCGAUCCGUAAGAGAACACGCGAGGGAGCGGUAAAGAUUUUCCUUCCUACCCCCUGACACUCAUGUCUCCCUUUGCGUGCUGCUUGAUUGUUGACUCACGAUAUAUCUCCAAAUGGAGAACUUGCUCGCCGGCUAACACCUAAAUUCAAUCCACACAAAGAUACAUUUUUUCCAGUUGUGUUCACAGUUUCAAUUUUACCAUUUAAUCGACAGCCUGUUCCCUUCAUUCUCCAAGUUUCGCUGUCCUCGCUGUGAUAACGUUGGUAUGGAUGUUCAGGUAAGUGAGAUUAUCCCAUGAGCAAGUUACAAUAAUGUUUUCUACUUCGAAAAAUAUUGAAAAAUAUCAGAGAACGAAAAUGACAUAUUGCUCUUGAUAACAAUGAAAACUGAUGUACUUAGUAGAUAUUCUAGUUAUAAGCCAAGACAAGGAAUGACAGCAUGCCUAACGUUUUCCAGUGGUUUUAUUUAAAAAUAACCUUAUUCGUUCUGUGCUCAACGUAUUCAUUGCUUUCAUAAAACUAAAGCACGUGUCUCUUUCAUCAACAGGAUCACAGUCUGUUAAAUUAACCGAAGGGGAAAACAUAGGUGCAGAAUUUACCGUCCUGUCUGCAACUGUUGAGCUAUCACAAGGGAAAGCAACUAAUGCUGUUCGAAACUAG